UCGACGCCUCCUCCGCCUCCAUCCUUCCCUCUCGAGCGAGAUCUGUCGUCACCGCUGCCUCUGCUGUUGAAACGAGAAGCCGUGGUCUUCGGGGUGCCGAUCUCUUGCAGUUGUUUCUUGGAUCGACGAUCUGUCGACCGCCGAUCGUUUUCUCGGAAGGGAAAAUGGCUGCUUCGGAUGCGGCACCUCCCCAGAUUGCGAUAAUUGGAGCAGGCAUCUUUGUCCGGACUCAGUAUAUUCCUAGGUUAAGAGAGAUAGCUGAUCAUUUAAUUAUUAAAUCAAUUUGGAGUCGAACUGAGGAAUCUGCCAAAGCUGCCGCAGAACUCGCGCAAGAUUUUGCUCCAAAUAUAGAAUGUAAAUGGGGUGAUUCAGGACUUGAGGAAAUCAUUCAAGACAGCUCCAUAACGGCAGUUGCUGUAGUUCUUGCUGCACAAGUUCAGGUUGAGAUUUCCUUGAGAAUGUUGAAAGCGGGAAAACACGUUAUUCAAGAAAAACCUGCUGCUGGAACUGUAAGCGAGGCAGAAACAGCAAUAUCAUGCUACAAUUCUUUUUGCAACAAUUUUCCUCAUCAACCUGUAUGGGCUCUGGCUGAAAAUUAUCGCUUUGAACCUGCGUUUGUUGAGUCCAGGAAAUUGUUAAAUGAUAUUGGUGAUAUGAUGCACGUCCAAGUUAUCAUUGAAGGAUCGAUGAACAGUUCAAAUCCUUACUUCUCAAGUUCCUGGAGACGAAAUUAUUUUGGAGGCUUCAUUCUAGAUAUGGGGGUUCACUUCGUUGCAGGAUUGAGGAUGAUGGUUGGGUGUGAGAUCAGCACAGUGUCUGCCAUUGCCCGUCAUGUGGACAUGGCCCUGCCUCCACCUGACAAUAUAUGUGCUCUAUUCCAAUUGGAAAAUGGAUGCGCGGGGGUAUUUGUAAUGGCAGUGAACUCAAUCUCCCCAAAGAUAUAUUGGCGCAUUGAUGGUUCAAAAGGGACAUUGCAAAUUGAACGUGGGACCGACAGUGGGCGCCAUGGAUAUUCGGUUCUGUUUUAUACAGCAGGCGGGCAUUGUCAAAGGACUUUCUAUCCUUUCUGUGGAGUAAAUGAGGAAUUGAAGUCCUUUAUUCAUGACAUUUCACAGGCUAACAGAAAGGAUGGGAUGACCAGCCAUGAACCUGAGCCACGUAGCUUGUACAAGGAAGGUGCACGAGAUGUUGCAGUGUUGGAAGCGAUGCUGGAGUCGAGCGCCAAACAAGGGGCUGCAGUCCAUGUGAAGAAGCUAUGAUGAAGAAGCCUUGUGUUAUUCUUUGUAGCCCAUUCCUAUGCAUAAAACCCAGUAUGGACUACGCAUACGCGAGAAAUUAAUUUUGUUCUAAUUAACUAUCAGAAUCUGUUUUGAUAAUAAAGGCGUUGGCUUUUGUCAA